AUGCGUGUUAUCGGUUUGUUAUUAUCUUUUUUUACAAUAUUGUGUGUAAGCCAUGUGUCGUCGGCUUACACAUUUGAGGUAUCUGACCCGUCAUUUUUAGAAUGGUCGUUUCGUCGUUCGUCUAAGAAGUCGAAAGACAAAAUUGUAAAGGUUUCGUCUAAAUCUGGUGGUGUUAAGAAGAGGGGUAUCCGGUCGCGUUUGCGUGGUAAGGGUAAGAAAGAUGAUAGUGGUGAUUUAGCGUCUGACAAGAAGAAACCUAGGAAAGGUUUUGGUUUAUUUAAGCGUUCCAAAUCUCAAAAGAGUGACGAUGUAUCGGGUUCUGGUAAGGGUUCCUGGUUUUCUCGUCGUCGCGGUGGUCGAGGUAAUCGCAAUGAGCCUCACCAUGAGAGGCAUCAUAAAGAGUUGACAGAUGAUCUGAUGCAUCAGAUAGAGACCGAUCAGAAGGAGCCAUCUAUUGGUGACGUUGUGAUGGGCGGUUUGACGUCCAUGACUUCUGACAUUAAGCAGCAUUUGUUGACAAGUAUUUCUAACGAUAUCGAUUCUGCGUUGAACAAGAUGAACCAUGCGCAAUAG